AUGCCAGCGACCACGCUAUCGAUGAAUAUAGGGCCAAGCAAAAGCUUGGCCAGCGUUGUUCAAGGUGUUUGGGGGCAUAUAUCAGCAGCAAACCAGUCUUAUAAUAAUCAAGCGACAAACAGCAUCGCGCAAAAGGAGAUAUCACUUAUUCUUCAUUUGUCAAGAGACGCAGUUUUAUCCUUUGAGAGUUUCAUGUCGGUUCUAAACUAG